GCAACGCGCGCGCACUAUCGGUCGAUUGACCGCGAACGCUCUACGUUCCUAUUUCAAAAUUUCUAAUUAAUUGUUAGAAACAUUUUUAUAUAAAUGAAGUAUUCUAACGCAUUUUAAUUCUUAAUUUAAAUUAGUGUUCGUUUUGUGUAUCAAAAAUGAGUUCAGAGAAAAAACACGAAGAAGUGACUAUUGACGAUAUAUUAAAAGUUUUAGGACCUUUCGGAAGAUUUAAUAUUUACAAUUUUGUGCUUUUGUUGAUACCUGUGUAUUUUGCUGGAUUAUAUUCAUCUGUGUAUAAUUUUGAAACAUUGGAUCUCAAGUAUAGAUGCGAGAUACCCGAGUGUCCUGAAGCUCACGACAUCAACUUCACGAUUCCCCACGACCCCGAGGGAAACCCCUACAAGUGUGUACGGUACGCACCCUUCACCAACUCCACUGGCAAUGAAACCUGUUCACCACAUCACUUCGACUCGUCCACGGAGAUUCCUUGCGAAUCUUAUGUCUAUCUGGAGCAACAUUCUAUUGUCAAAGAGUUCAACCUCGCCUGUCAAGACUGGAAGCGCUCCCUGGUUGGCACAGUCCACAAUGCCGGCUUCUUCGUCUCCAUUCCCCUCACUGGACUUCUAUCAGACAAAUUCGGCCGCCGAGUGGCUCUGAUCUUCGCUGCAGUCUCCAAUGGCGUCUUCGGCGUCAUCCGAGCUCUGUCGGUCAACUACGAAAUGUUCAUAGUGUUCGAGUUUCUGGAACCGGCGUUUGGUGGCGGGGUCUAUACAGCUUGUUUUGUUUUGGCUAUGGAGUUGGUUGGACCGAAAGGCAGGGUGUUCGUCAGUCUCCUUUUCAACACCAUGUUCAUCACGGGCGGCGUCUGUGUCACCCUACUCUCCUGGUAUCUGGAGAACUGGAGAUAUCUGGUCUUCCUAAUCUACACCCCGUCAGUCUUCAUCUUCGUUUACAUCUGGAUGCUAACUGAAAGUUUCCGAUGGUACUUCAGCAAAGGACGCUACGAAGAAGGACUCAACGUUUUGAUGAAAUCUGAAAAAGUUAACAAAGUUUCCGUUCCUAGAGACCAUUAUGAACAAGUGGAAAAACAUGCAACUCAGCAAAGAGACGCCAGAAAGUUCGAGACUUUAGAAUCGAAUCAAUCGUCUUUCAUGCAAAUGUUUACAUCAUUGAUGAUUUGGAAAAGACUGUUCAUCUGCUCUUUCUUGUGGAUUUCUUCGACUCUAGUGUACUACGGUCUAUCUAUAAAUGCUAUUGAAUUGUCAGGGAACAGUUACUUAAACUAUAUUGUAGUGCUCAUAAUAGAGGCACCAGCGAAUGUGUGCAAAUUGAUAUUUUUGGACAGAUUUGGAAGAAAAAAAGUCAUAGCGACUGCUUUCUUUUUGACUGCGCUGAUUCUCAUUAAUUAUGGAUUUGUGCCAGCUGGCGUGCUAUCGCUAGUGAUGUACCUCGGAGGGAAAUUCUUCAUAACUCUGGCCUACAACUCGCUGUACGUGUUCGCUGCAGAAGUUUUCCCGACCAAUUACAGAACUACCCUUCUUGCCAUGUGCUCCACUAUUGGAAGGAUAGGUUCUACUGUGGCACCGCAGACUCCUUUAUUAGCAAGAUUUUACGAGUACCUACCGACGAUGCUGUUUGGCAUAAUGGCGGGUCUAUCCGCGUUUUUGGUCCUUCUUCUACCAGAAACGAACAACAUGAAACUCCCAGAUUCCCUCAGAGAAGCACAGGAACAGGACACUAAACGAGAGGAACCGAGUGAAGAAGUCAAUAGUAGUUGUAAAACGUCGCUAUAGAAGACUAUAGUUAAGUGAAAACGCGUUGUGAAAAUAAUUUUAAGGUCUGAGAGAUCGAUUUGGUUAUAAGAUUUAAAGUGUGCUUAGAUCAGUAAUUAUCUAAGUGAGUGUAUGUAAAUAGUGACUUUUUCAAGUAAUUGUAUAUAAUAUCAAAAUUAUACAAUAAUCUGAAGAUUGCAAAGUGUUUUUGUAAGAAGAUGUGAAAUAUAUAUUUGCUCAAAAACAAUAUGAUGGAAUGUUCGUGGUCUGAACUGAUUUCUUCUUCCUCCUGACGCCCUCAGGAGAGGAACUCGGGGUGCGUCUUUUGACCAUAAACCUGAAUUGGGUAAGUCAGCGACAGCCGUCUGACCUGCGUAGCAUUUGCAGGGGAACCAAAAAAAAUCUAAAUAGAAUUAGCUAACUACCAUAACAAAA